AUGGGAGCUGUGCUCUCGGUGGUGAUGGGCCAAGCCAUUUCCCGGAUGGUCUCCAUGGUGCUCGGCAGGUACCGCGCUAGGGCGAGCGCCGGCGACCAGCUCGAGCACCUUGGCUUGCUGGCCAUCAUGCUCCACAGCACCGUAGAGGAGGCCGAGCGCGUGCAUAUCCGGAGCCGGUGGCUGCGCAGGUGGCUUUGGAGGCUCCGCGACGCCGCUCUCGACGGCGACGAGGUGCUGCAGUCCUUGAGGCAGCAGCGUAUAGCAGGGGAGGCUGCAGCCACCGGCAACAGGCUGUGGAACGCCGGGAAGCGGGUCUUCCGGUCGGCAAAGAGCUUGCUAUUCACCGGCGACAACAGCAUGGAACGGCUGAGCGGCGCCGUGACGAGGUUGGAGAGGACGUCCAUGGGCAUCGCUGGCUUCCUAAAACUGCUCAUGUCAGAAACCAGGCGAUCAAUGCGAAGAACCCAGCAGCCACUACCAGCUGGGGCAGAUGACAGUGACGACGACGACGACGAUGGAAGCAAUGAUGACGCGCCGGACAGGAAAACCAACAUUCGGCUCAGGACAACACUGGAUGGAUCGGAAUCGGAACUCCAGCACGAUGCUGCUCAUCAGAUUGGCAGCAUGAUAAGGAUCGGCCUGAUGAUGGUGAUGCAGAAUGUCUGGCAAGUCAUCGCAGGCUCAGGACGCCACCCGCCGACUGGCCUUUUCUGA